AUGAUUACGAUUUUUGAUACCCCAAAACUGAUUGGAACUUUGCGUGGUCUUUUAGGCGAGAAUCGGCCGAGGGAUGCAAUGAAGGAGAUUUUCCGCAAUUCGAGCAAGGCCUUCAUGUUGCUCUUAAAGCUAGCCAAUGCUACUUAA